AUGGCCCUGUGGCGCGGCUCACGCCUCGCCGCCAGACUCCUCCGCAGCCGCUGCGCGCCGCCAUCCGCAUCCACCGACAGCGCCGCCUGGGUGCCCCUCCUCCCCCAAGCGGCGAUCCCGGCGCUCGGCGCCGACCACGUGGUGCGAUGGCCGCGCUGCUGGGCGGGGAUCAGAGCCGCCUGUCAGAGCGCCGCGGCGCAUCCACGCGAUGCGGAUGACAACAGGACGGCGGCGGCGUCACUGCUGCAGUCGAUCAACGCGUUCAACUUGCGGGAGGCGCUGGAGAGGGACGCCGGCCAGCGGGUGCACAUGACACACGAUGAGCUGAUCGAGAAGUGCCUGGAGACGCGGGCGGCGAUCUCCAGGGAGGAGGCGGAGCGGCUGUGCGAGGCGCUGUGCACCGCAGGGGUGGUCAUGCGGUACAAGGACGUCGUAUUCCUGAGGCCCGGGGACGUUGCCGAGAUGAUCCUCUGCGCCCUGCCGGAGACACGAACGCAGAUCCAGGGCAACCUGGACGCGCUGAGGGAGAAGAUCGCGCCGCUGAGGAGCGAACUGGCGGGCAUCGAUGAGAGGGCGGACGCCUGGAGCAACAGGAUCGUGGUGGGGGGGCUGGCGCUGCUGGUGCUGCAGUUCGCGCUGUUUUUCAGGCUGACGUACUGGGAGCUGUCCUGGGACGUGAUGGAGCCGGUGGGGUACUUCGCGUCGCUGGGAAUGAGCAUAUUGGCCUACGCCUACUUUCUGAUCACCAGGGAGGACUUCGCAACCCAGUCGCUGCGGGAGAGGAUAAGGAAGCACUUUGUGAACAAAGAGCUCAAGAGGAAGAACAUUGACGUGACCAGGUAUCAAGAAUUGUUGUCAAGCAUCCACAAGUUUGAGAGAUACUUGGUCAGAGCCAAGUUGUGA